AUGCGUAUACAUAGCGGUGAGAAACCAUAUCUAUGCCCCCAGUGUGGUAAAGCAUUUAAGGCCUCCACCAAACUGAAGGAACACAUGGAACGUCAUUUGGGUGAAAAGAAAUACCGCUGCCCCCAAUGUCCAAAUCGUUUUAAUUGUCGUUCGGAUGUUAAGAAACAUUUGGUGUCACAUGGCAGUGCCAAGCCUCAUGUUUGUGACAUUUGUGAUUCGUGCUAUACCAAAUCGUCGACUUUGAAGAAACACAAAAUGAAGCAUUCGGGAGAGAAGCCACAUGUGUGUGAACAAUGUGGCAUGGGGUACGUGAUCAGCUGCCGUGUUCCCAAUAACAAAAUGCCACUCAACUGCAGGACAUGUUUAAGUGAAGAUAUUAAAUACGAUCUCAAGGACUACAUAGAGGAAUACAAUGUAAUGGAAAUGUUAAAUGCAAUUGUACCACAAAUCAAUAUUACCAUCAAUGGCGGCGAUAAGUUAUCCACAGCCAUUUGUCAAAUGUGCUCGGAUAAGCUAUUGACUGGCUAUAGAUUUCAAUUGCUUUGCAUUGAAACAGAUCAACAACACUGGCGUUUGUUUGCGAAGGAUGUAGGACAAGACAAACCCAUAUGUGAUCCUUUAAUGGAGAAUUACAUGAAAGUGGAAGGAGAUAUAAAUGAACCGACGGCAGGGGAGGUUUCAAUUAAAUACGAGAAUUACUCACCGGAACAUGUUGAAGUUGGAUUUAUGAACAGUGAAACAAGUCCAAACAUAUCCACGCCAUCAAAAUGCAAAACAAAGCACAAAAACAAGGAAGCUUUUGUAUAUACAGAUGUGGACAAUGGGUUUUCAAAUCAAGUUCCAGAACAAAUUCUAAUGUCAGAGGAACUUAUGGAAGAGCCCUGGGAGAGCAUAAUGGAUUCGCUAUCUAAUAACAAAUAUAAAGAUGAUUGUUUUCAAGAAGAUGAAAUACCAUCAUCGCCAAAUUCAGUUACUAAUGAUGAUUUCCAAUGUUCCAUCUGCUUAGAGUAUUUUGAAACCGCUGAACUGCUAAAAUACCACGAAACAGUGCAUAAGAAAAUCACAAAGAAAUUAAUUUGUGAAUUUUGCCAACAUGCAUUCGAAUCGCUGCGUCCACUGGUAAACCACAUUAAGGCAACACAUCCCAUGUCCGAGAAACAUUCCUGCAACGAAUAUUAUAAAUAUGAAAGUGCAUUGGAAAAACAUAUGCUCAGCCAUAAUGACACAAAAACCUAUCUCUGCCCCCAGUGUGGUAAAACAUUUCGUAAUUCAGCUAAUUUAAGAGAACAUCUAACCCGGCACACAACUGAGGCUAGCUGUGCAUGUGAUGAAUGUCCGAAAAUAUUUAAAUGUCGUGCCGAUCUAAGUAAACACAAGGCAACACAUAAAAAUAUCAAACGUCAUGAAUGUGAGAUAUGUGGAAUGCGGUUUUUACGAUCCUAUUCCCUGGUGGAACAUAAACGUUUACAUACCGGUGAAAGGCCGUAUAAAUGUGAUGGAUGUGAUAAGACGUUUGCAAUUUCAUAUAAUCUGAAAAUGCAUAUGCGUACCCAUACCGGAGAGAAACCAUAUAAAUGUAAUUACUGUGAUAAGGCCUUUGCCGGUGGUGGUGAUUUAACGCGACACUUGAAGACACAUUUGGGAGCUAAAACAUAUUCGUGCGAUAAUUGUCCCGAGACAUUUCAAUAUCAUUCGGAGUUGCGUGAACAUCAAUUGGAACAUUUUCGAAAUAAUACGAAUUUAGAGGAAAGUAAUGCAAUUGAAGGGUGUUGUAAUUGUGCUGAUAGCCUUGUGACGGGAUAUAAAUUCCAACAACAAUGUAUAGAAAAUGAUUUGCAGUGGAGGAUGAAAUGGGAAAAGGAUUUAAGAAGAAAGGGGAACUCCCCACCAGGGGAUCCAUUGAUGACAGAGGAUGAUAUGAAGUUGGAAAAUGCGGAAGGGGAUAGUGGUGAAGUCCUUGAUAAGGUAGAUGUUUUAAUAAAAUGUGAUAUGGAUAUAGUGGAUAAUGGUGAAUAUGCCGCUGCAGAUGACAGUGAUACAGAUUCAAGCAAUGAAAAAUUAAGCGUAUUGAAAGAACGGGAAAUGCGCCUCACAAAAAGACCCCCAGUCAAUAAUAAUGUAGCAAAUGAAAACAAAUUCCCCUGCGAAAUGUGUGAUAUGGUAUUUGAGGAAAACCUAACCUUAAAGCGUCACCUUAACACCCAUUCAAAAACUAAACCCCAUCGAUGUGAUAUUUGUAAGCGAAAUUUUUCCUCGGCCAAAUAUUUAAAUAAUCAUCAAAGUAAAAGACACAAGGAUUCCGAUAGAACGGAUUUUACCUGUUCCAAUUGUUCGGAACACUUUGAAAACAUAACCUUAUUAAAAGAACAUCGUAGAAUACAUAAAACGCCCUCCGAAGAUAUAAUCUGUGAGGUGUGUGAGUAUAAAUUUGAAUCUAUACGAUCGUUGAUGCGACACAUCAAAAUCGAACAUCCCAAGACUGAAAAACUGAAAUGUGAAAAAUGCAGCGAAUCGUUUCUUAUACGACAGCACUUGAAUAAACACCUCAAGCAACGGCAUAAAAAGAAACCACUAUUCUGUGAAAUAUGUGAACGCGACUUUAAAUAUAAAAGUUCGCUGGAGAAACAUAUGCGUAGCCAUAACGGAGAACGCCCCUAUUUGUGUCCACAGUGUGGCAAAACAUUUCGUAGUUCAAGUAAUUUAAGUGAACACAUGACACGACAUGCCGGACAGGCCACCUAUCCAUGUCCUGAAUGUCCACGGCGAUUUAAAUGCGGGUCCGACUUGCGGAAACAUCGUGCAACGCAUACAAAUUUUAAACCGCAUAUAUGUGAUAUCUGUGGAUUUCGUUUCUCGCGAGCCUAUUCGCUGUUGGAACACAAGCGAUUGCACACGGGCGAGAGACCGCAUAAAUGUGAACAGUGUCAGAAAUCGUUUGCGAUUUUAUAUCAUUUGAAACGGCACAUGCGUACCCAUACCGGAGAGAAACCCUACAAAUGUAAAUACUGUAAUAAAGCCUAUGCUGUGGGUGGAGAUUUGACCAAACAUCUGCGUAUCCAUUUGGGCGAAAAGACCUAUUUGUGUAAUGAAUGUCCAAUGGCAUUUAAAUAUAAUUCGGAAUUGCGUAAACAUUUGAUAGAACAUUUUAAAGGGGCAAUAAAUCGGGACGAUGGAGGAGAAAGUGAAGCAAAAGGAAAGAAAGGGGAAGAACAUGAAGAAGAAAACCUAGAGGAAAAGAAAAAUAAUGCCAAAGCGGAAAUGAAAGAUGAAAACUAA